AGAGGUUAUGUUGACACUGACAGUCUGAGUAGUAAUAGUGCUGUCUUUAUAGACUGACCAAAGAAGGCAGCCAUUCACACAAUCGACAAACCAAUUGUUGUACAGAUAUGUAAAUAAAAAAUAAUAUACACUGUACAAAUAUUUGCAGCUGUACAUCUACUAUGAUUGGAGGGUUUAGUUCUCAAUAUCCAAAUAUGUAUCUGCAAGGAAAGACAUUUUAUAGGAACAUUUUAAGUCUCAUAGUUGAAACAUUACAAGUGGGGUUUUAAAUUAUACUGGUAUAUAUAGAAUGCUUUACCUCUGUAGCUAUAUUUGUACUAAUAAUAGGAAAUUUGUACGAAACUAGGAAAACUCCUUUUUUAAGUUAUCAGUGCAGCUAUGUGGACUACAAGUGGUGAUCUUAAGAAACAUACAUUAAAUCAUACUGGUUAGAAGCCGUGUAAGUGUUCAUUGUACAACUAUGUCUAGCACUUAUAUAAGAAAACAUACAUUAACUUACACAGGUGAAAAACCUUACAAGUGUUCCAUUUGUUUAUAUGCCUGUACUAAAAUUGAGCAAGUAAGAAGACAUAUAUUAACCCAUACAGGUGAGAAACCCUACAAUUGUUCCUUGUGCAAUUUUGGUUGUACUAGGAAAUGUACUUUAAAACGGCAUAAACUAACCCACACUAGUGAGAAACCGUUUAAGUGUUCCUUGUGCAACUAUGGCUGUAUUAGAAGUGAAGGUCUAAAGAUACAUAUGUUAACGCACACAGGUGAGAAACCCUUCAAGUGCUCCAUGUGUAAAUAUGCCUGUACUAGAAGUCAGAAUUUAAGAAGACAUACAUUAACCCAUAUAGGUGAGAAAACUUACAAGUGUUCCCUGUGUACCUUUAGCUGUACUAGUAGUAGAGAUUUAAAAAUACAUAUACUAACCCACAAAGGUGAGAAACCUUACAAGUGUUCCCUCUGCAACUAUGGCUAUACUACAAGUGGACAUCUAAAAAUACAUAUGUUAACCCACACAGGCGAGAAACCCUACAAGUGUUCCCUUUGUAAAUAUGCAUCUACAUCAAGUCAAAAUUUUAAAAGACAUACUUUAACCCAUACAGAUGAGAAACCUUACAAGUGUCCCCUUUGCGACUAUGGCUGUAAUAGUAGUAAAGAAUUAAAAAUACAUAUAUUAUCCCACACAGGUGAGAAGCCGUACAAAUGUGCCCUGUGCACCUAUGGCUGUACUACUAGUAGAGAUUUAAAAGCACACAUACUCACUCACUCAGGCGAGAAACCUUACAAGUGUUCUCUGUGCAACUAUGGCUGUGCAAGAAAAUGGUCUUUAAAAUUACAUAUACUAACCCACACAGACGAGAAACCAUACAAGUGUUCCCAGUGCAACUAUGGUUGUACUAGAAGAUGUUAUUUAAAAAUCCAUAUGUUUACCCACACAGGUGAAAAACCUCACAAGUGUUCCCUAUGCAAUUAUGGAUGUACUACUAGUAGAGAUUUUAAAAGUCAUGUAUUAACCCACACAGGCGAGAAACCGUUCAAGUGUUCCCUGUGCAACUAUGCCUGUACUAAAAGUGGACAUCUAAAAAGACAUACAUUAACUCACUCUUGUGAAAAACUUUAAACAUUAACUAUGCAGCUAUGUGUGUAGUAACAGUAAGGUUUUACUGUGUAAAAGCUUUUAACAGUAGAUUCUACACUAUAAAUAUAUAUUGAAUAAAAUGUUGCCAACUUAAAUAAAAACAUUUUUUCCCAAACCUU